AUGGUGAUGGUUCAGGCAAGUUACUACCUAGAUUCUUGGAGAAAAUUACCAGUCAUGCUAGAUAGCAGUUACUGCUGGUUACUGUAUGAGUUUAACUCCCUGGGCCUGCAAGGAUGUGGAUUUAUCUUGAACUUGGGAACAGCUAAUCAUAAUCAGCAGAUGAGUUUUACUACAAAGCUAGAAGAGAAGUCCAAGGAAACACCACAGGUUGUCCUUUUCAAUGGAGGUGAGUUGGUACUGCAUCAGUACCUAGAGCCUGCUAGUAUCACAAACCUGAGCUCAUGCCAAAUACGAGAAAUGAGCAAAAUGCUAAUGCUGUGCCAAAGGCAUAUAACUUUGGAUCCUGGAACAGCUCAUCCACGCCUGGUCUUAUCCAACAACCUUAGAAGUAUGACAUUUGGAAAUAAGACACAGGAUGUCCCAAGCACCCCAGAGACAUUUGAUUUCAGUGCCACAGUGUUGGGUGCAGAAAGCUUCAUCUUGGGGAUGCACUAUUGGGAGGUAGCUGUGGGAAAGGCAACAAAGUAACAGUUGGGGAUACAUGACUGUGCAGACAGACUGAGCAACAUGCUUAAAGCUUCUGGAGAUGAAAUCUUGCUCAGAGGAGCCAUGAUGGAGAUUGAUUACACUUCCUGGGUCUUCCCCCCUCUAAGAAAGACCUGCCUGAGGCAGCAAAUGGACAAAACCAGCAUCUUCCUAGAUUAUGAUUAUGGGCAGAUAUUAUUCUACAAUGUGACCGAGAGAACCCUCAUUUAUAAUGUCUCUUAUCUUACUUUCCAUGUAACAAUUAGACCUAUAUUUUCCCUUUGUAUUUCAAAUGAACACACAAAUUCAGACUCUCAUAGAACGUGUCCCCUUUAUGUCCCUGCCUAA